CUCUUUUCGCCCGGUGCUGACUGGUCCUGACCUGGCCUUCAGUGGCCCGAGGGUGGUUUUCCGUUGUGUUGCAUCUAACGUCUCCCCACCAGUCAUCUAUGAGCUGAUAAAGGAUGGACGUGUGCGAAUUGGCCGCAAUAGAGAUUUUCAAGGUGGCCAAGUUGCAUCAUUCCCUAUCAGAGUAACUGCAGCGUCAGAAGGGUCAUACCACUGCAGGGCCACAGCUGGAGGAACCAGAGAAAUCAGCAACAGCAUUAAGCUGAGAGUAGUCACUCCACCAUCAUAUACCAGAGUGACCUCUGAACCCUUCCCCCCAGUUGCAUACGAGGGGUCACGCAUGGCCCUGAGUUGUGACGCUGAAAUGGGGUCCAACCUUUCCUACAGCUGGUUUUUUAACAGGAAGGAAAUAACAUCUUCGACUUCUCUCCCCUUCCACUUUGUGGAAAACAAGCUGCUGGUGGAGAGGGUAACUCCUGAGUAUGCUGGAAAUUUUUCUUGCAGUGCUUGGUCCAGCGUGAAUGAGAUCAAAAGGAUUUCCAGCAGCACAGAGGUCCAGGUGACAAUCAAAGUCUAUGUUUCAAAGCCAGAGAUCUCCUUCUCCGUUCAUAAAGAGGGAACCAGUUACCAUGGCAAUGUGACGUGCUGGUCAACAAGAGGGAGCCCUCCGGUGAACUUGUAUCUUUUACUAGACGGUAAAGAAGUGGACUCCGUCACAGCAGCUCAGACCCUGGCUGCCUGGUUCCUUGUAGUUGUAGUCCCUGAGCUGGACAUGGGAGAGGCACGAUGCCGGGUGAAAACCGAGAAUCAGGACCUCACAAGUGAGCCUGUGAACCUGGAAGUAG